CCACGUCCUCCCUCGUCGGAAAGAUGGCUGCUCGCGUGUACCUCGUGUCCCUUCUUCUCCCCAUCCUUGCCGCUGUUUGCCUGGGAUGUGAAAAUCCCAAGGUGACUCCCAAGGUCUACAGCAGCACUGAUGCAACUAUUGUUGAAUUGGUGGCAUUUGUGGGGGAGUUUGAAGUUCUCUGUUCAGAUGGGGAUAAGAAUUUCCCUCUCUUUGCAACCCUAAAUGACGAAGUUGUACCAGUGACAAGAACAUCAGAUAUAAGCAAAUAUAUUGUUUCCUGGGCGGAAGAACCCAGCAAUGCCAAGUCAGGAUCUCAAGUUCUCAGGUUUUUCGAUGAAGCUGGCUUUGGGGUCUUCAGAAAGGCCCAGAGAGCAGGAGAGGAUGUAUCCAAAAUAUCACCCCUUUUCUCUGUGCCUUUGCAAUUGGAGAGAGCAUACAAGGGUCCCUGGGUGCGAAGCGAGUUCCUUGCAUUUGCUAUAUCAGUGAUCAUCUUCUACAUUGCAUACUCAACAAAGUCUCAUAUUAUGAGCUGAAUGAAUACUUGAGGUUGUGUUGAAAAUAUUUAUUUUUCAAAUAUUUAUACACUGGUAUAAGUAUAUGCUCCAAUACAUACA